AUGGCCUUUUUUAUUCCAGAUGUAAGGCUCGGUGCAGGACAUUUGAGGGCUAAUGUCAGCAAUGGUUUGCCAUAUGUAGAAAAUCAAGAAUAUAUUUUGUUCACCACUUUAUCUGUGGGGUUAGGCUGUACUUUUCUAUGCUUGAACUGUGUUCUCCUGUACACCUUGAGGAGCAAGCCAGUUUUUCGUGAGACAUCCCGUUACAUUCUGUUGUAUAAUCUGCUCUUUGCCGAUACUGCUCAUCUUGCAUUAAGUUUGUUAUUGUACAUACUGGCUGUAAGCAGACUUAAGCUAACAAUGUCUGUUUGUGGUUUGCUUACCAUGUUCUCUAUUUACGUUGAUUCGAUCUCUCCUCUUACUCUGGCAGUGAUGUCCGUGGAGAGAUAUGUGGCUGUGUGCUUUCCUCUGAGAUAUGCAGACCUUGUCACCAUCAGAAACACAGGAGCAGCCAUUGCUGCUGUGUGGACGGUCUGUUCUCUCAAUAUCGUCAUACGGGUGUUAAUACUUGUUGUUUGGCGACCGGACUAUGAAUUGAAUGAGAAAAUGAAGGACUUCUGCUCAAAAGAGGCACUGUUUCUGACACCAAUGACUAAACAUUUUGAUGAAGCAUAUUCCGGUUUUGUGUUUUUAUUUGGGGGCCUUGCAAUUUUAUUCUCUUAUGUUGGUGUGACUCUGGUUGCCAGGUCAGCCUCGUCAGACAAAGCUUCCGUCAGAAAGGCAGGAAAAACUGUUUUACUUCAUUUCUUUCAGUUGGUCCUGAUACUAACCUUCACCCUCAAUUCUAUCAUCCUCACAUCCUUUGCAAGACAAUUGGACAGAAAAACGUUGGUGCGUUUGUACAAUAUAAUCUUUGUGUGUUUGAAUCUAUUUCCCAGGUGUCUAAGUGCUCUCAUUUAUGGCCUCAGGGACCAAACGCUCAGACCAGCCCUCCUGAACAACAUCGGUUGUCAGUUAAGAUGCUUGGUCGGCCCAAACAAGACUAAAUUCAGAAAAAGAACCUAGGGAAGCUGAUUGGGAUGGCACACCUCCCAUUACUUUUGCAUGCCAUGUCUUAGUUGUGACCUUUAAAAGGUCACUAAGUGGAAGAACAUUUUUAGAAAAGAAUGAUUUAACAAAAAGGAAAAAAUAAGAAAGUUGUUUCCUUGAUUUACUUUUUGCCACAUACCACUGCAUCCUUUGUUAACAGUGCAAGCCUUGAUAUUACAUUUAUUUGUAUUGCCCAGGUCCUAUUUCUUUGUUUGGGUGUGAAAAUUGCAGCUGUUUUUCAUGUUUAUACAAACCGAGUGACUAGAAGGCCA